AUUGCCUCUUGCACGUCAACGUUCAACUUUCACUGGGAUUUACGCUUUUGAAUCCAAGAAAAAUCAUGGAAGACGAUUCGGAGAGAGGAUCACCGCGGCCCUCGACGAGAAUCCAGAAUGAAUUCCCUGACGAUACGAUAAAGAUUAUGCUGGCAACUGACAAUCACAUUGGAUAUCUAGAGCGGGACCCCGUUCGUGGUCAGGACUCUAUCAAUACCUUCCGGGAGAUCCUGCAACUGGCGGUGAAACACGACGUUGACUUUAUUUUGCUCGCUGGUGAUCUCUUUCACGAAAACAAGCCUUCUCGAAGCUGCAUGUAUAAUACCAUAGCUCUGCUGCGCGAAUACACUAUGGGUGAUAAACCGGUCCAAGUCGAACUAAUGAGCGAUCCAGAUGAUGGAAAGGCGGAUGGUUUCUUGUUCCCUGCCAUCAACUACGAAGAUCCCAACUUCAACGUCGGCAUCCCGGUAUUUUCGAUCCACGGCAACCAUGAUGAUCCUCAGGGCGCUGGUGCAGCCGGUGCUUUGUGUGCCUUGGACGUUCUCUCCGUAUCCGGUCUUUUGAAUUAUAUGGGCAAAAUUGAUCUCCCAGUAUCAGACGCCGAAGCUCCAACAACGGGGAUCGCUGUUCGUCCUGUGCUUCUGCGAAAAGGAAACACACAUCUUGGGAUGUACGGCAUCGGUAACGUUAAAGACCAGAGAAUGCACUUUGAGCUUCGGAGUAACCGCGUUCGCAUGUUCAUGCCAACAAACAAGGAGGAAUGGUUUAACAUACUGCUUUUGCACCAAAAUCGCGUCAAGCAUGGUCCUCAAGAGUCCGUUCCAGAGGGUAUGUUUGACGAUAGCAUAGAUCUGGUUGUGUGGGGUCAUGAGCACGAUUGUCGUAUCGUCCCAGAGCCAGUUUCAGGCAAAGACUACUAUAUCACUCAACCUGGCUCCUCUGUUGCAACAUCCCUUGCCGACGGAGAGGCACUGGAGAAACAUGUUGCUCUACUAAAAAUCCAAGGCAAAGAUUUCCAGCUGUCCCCGAUUCCUCUACGGACAAUCCGUCCCUUCGUAAUUGAAGAAGUCGUCCUGAGCGAAGUCGCAGAAGAGGAAGGCUUCGAGCUGGAUGACCAAAUGGCUAUCACCAAGUUCCUCAAAAGCAAGGUGAACAUUCUGAUUGAUCAAGCGAACACGCUGUGGGACGAACGAAAUGCGCGAGCAGUCGAGGAAGGCGAUGAAGAGCUCUCGCGUAUGCUUCCCCUUGUCCGACUCAAAGUGGACACCACUGGCGUCAGCGAAAUGUCGAACCCUAUUCGUUUUGGGCAGGAGUUCCAAGGACGGAUAGCCAAUCCGCGAGAUUUGCUGGUCUUCCACCGGACGAAGAAAUCUACUCGGGCCUCAAAGGUGGCUAUCGACCAGCCAGAACUAAGUAUAGAUGAUCCCAAUAUGAGCGUAUCAGAAAAGUUGGAGAAGGUGAGGGUGUCGACGUUGGUGAAAGAAUAUCUUGCGGCCCAGGAGCCACAGUUACUCGGUGAGAAUGGCAUGUCAGAUGCCAUACAGAUGUUUGUGGAAAAGGACGACACGCAUGCUAUUCAAUCACAUGUCGGCAAAGUUCUCAAGUCUAUGAUGAAGGAUGUUAAAGCGAACGGAGAGAUCGACGAAGAUGACUUUGACGACGUGCUCACGAAAGUCAGGGAGCAACAAGAGAAGGACUAUGAGGAAAGCCAGCGCCUGACAAAGUCAGCAAAAGCCAAGGGAAAAGCGAGAGCACAAGAUUCCGAUGCUCCCUCUGAAGAUUCGAUGAUGAUGGAGAUAGACACAGGCAACAUCGGCGGUGGCUCUGACUUUGACGAGUCGGAUGAACCCGCACCUAAGAAGAAAACACCUGCGAAGAAAGCGUCAGCAGCGAAGAAAGCACCAGCCAAAAAAGCACCAGCCAAAAAGGCGCCCGCCAAAGCCCCUGCAAAAGGUCGAGGAAAGAAACAAAUCGAUAGUGACUCGGAUGAAGUUAUUGAGGUGCCGGAUGAGAUCGACGACGAUGACGACGACGAAGAUGAGGAAGAACCAGCGCCAAAACCCACAAAGAAGACAAACAGGACUGCAGUACUCAGCCAAGCUGCGGCGAAGAAAGCUCCGGCUAAGAAGAAGGCUGCGGCACCGGUGGCCGCGAAGCAAACUCAACUUAGUUUUGCUCCCGCUGCGGGACGGUCCUCAAGAGCGGCUGCGACGAAGGCAAGGGCAAAAAUUGUGGUCGAUUCAGAUAGUGAAUGAAGUGUGCUACGCUUAGCACGGGCCUAUUGCUUACAGGGAAUGGUCGGGCUGGUCAAUCGAUACAUUUUGUACGGUUGCGGCUAUAUACACUCAUGUACUUCAGAUACAGAUCUAUGCUCAGAAGUCUAUACAGUACUGUCC